AUGGACCAUUCAGUUUCCAACUACGAAACUCUCCUUCCUCUCCUCCUUAUACCGCUACUACUUCUCCUUUCAAUCAAACACAUCCAUGCAAACAAGAAGAAAGAACUUCCUCUGCCUCCAGGCCCAAAGCCAUGGCCGAUUCUCGGAAACAUCCCACAGAUGACCAGAAAGGUUCACAUCACCAUGUCCCAAUUCGCUAAAUCCCACGGUCCCUUAAUUUCAGUCAAACUCGGCGCUCAGCUAAUCGUCGUCGCCUCUUCUCCGGCAGCCGCCGCAGAAAUCCUCAAGACCCACGACCGUGUCUUCUCGGCAAGAUACAUAAGCAAAUCCAGUCCGUUCGAAGUCAGCGAUGUUGAUAGAAAGGCAAUCGUGUGGGCUUCCACGUGUAACGACAGCUGGAAGUCCCUCCGCGGGCUCUGCAGAACGGAGCUGUUCUCUGGCAGAGCAAUCGAGUCGCAGGCAGCCGUCCAGGAGAGGAAAGUCGGUGAAAUGGUUGAAUUCCUUGCCGGUAGAGAAGGGAAAGUGGUUGAUGUCGGGGAAAUCGUGUUCGCCACAGUUUUCAAUUCGCUGUGUAACCUUUUCUUCUCCGAGGACUUGUUAAGGCUGGAUGAUAGUAAGGGGAAGAAGGCUAGUGGGUUGAAGAGCCAUAUCUGGAAAAUGAUGGAACUUGCAACCACUCCAAAUAUUGCUGAUUUUUACCCUGUUUUGGAACCGCUUGACCCUCAGGGACUGAAGAAGAAGACGGUCAAGGUUGUCACACAGAUGUUUUCCGUUUGGGAGAGUUACAUAAGGGAGAGAAGGGAAAUUCAUGACUCGAAAUUCCACGGAGAUGAACCGAGAGGGGAUUUCCUGGACGUUUUUAUUUCGAAUGGCUUCGACGAUGACAAAAUCAAUUGGUUGUUCUUUGAAUUGCUGACGGCGGGAACCGAGACGACUAGUACGACGGUGGAAUGGGCAUUGGCGGAGCUUUUAAAGAACGGGGAAGCAAUGUCUAAAGUCCGCAGAGAGCUGAAUUUAGAAAUUGGGGAAAACACCAUUACCGAAUCGAAUGCCUCUCAACUGACAUUUCUGAACGCCUGCAUAAAGGAGACAUUCAGGUUACACCCACCGGUACCGUUCCUUAUUCCACGCCGGGCUCCCGAAGCUUGCCAAGUGAUGAACUACCGAAUACCCAAGGAUUGCCAGGUCGUUGUCAACGUGUGGGCAAUUGGGCGGGAUCCGUCGGUUUGGGAGGAUCCGUUGUCGUUUAGACCAGAGAGGUUCGUUGACAACAGGUCAGCAGUUGCGGACUUCAAAGGUCGUGACUUUGAGCUUCUGCCGUUCGGAUCGGGUCGCAGGAUCUGCCCCGGACUUCCCAUGGCGGCUAAACAGUUGCCAUUGAUUCUAGCUUCAUUGAUUAAAGGGUUUGAUUGGACUCUUCCCGGUUGCGACGAUCCGGCCAAAUUAGAUAUGUCCGAGAAGUUUGGUCUUACGCUGCAGAAGGAGCAACCUUUGCUACUUGUGGCUAGGAAACAGAGCACGUAG